AAAUGAAACGAUGUCCUUUGUUGUAUACACACUCCUGCGAAGCGUCGAAAAUAUUUUCGCCAUUUGAGGAUAGUCCCGGAGGCCCCGGAGCCUGGAGGGCGCGCGCGAGCAUUCGGGCGCAUGCGCCGCGCGUCGUUGGCACUCUUGGCAAGUAGUUCGCCGCCGACCAUUGCUGUCAGCUGGACGAUCCCGUCAGAUGGUGUCGUGAAUCCCGUAAAAUCACAUCGAUCGGAGCGCGACGGAGUCAGAGUCAAGAUGAGCGGUGGUAUGCCAGAGCUGGGCUCGAAGAUCAGCUUGAUCUCGAAGGCGGAUAUUCGCUAUGAGGGUCGUUUGUUCACCGUCGAUCCACAGGAGUGCACGAUUGCCCUGGCUAACGUACGUUCCUUUGGAACGGAAGAUCGAGAAACUCAACUUCCUGUGGCACCACAAAAUCAAGUGUAUGAGUACAUUCUGUUUCGCGGAUCAGACAUCAAAGACAUCAGAGUUGUCAACAAUGUUAGUUCUAUCCCCAACGAUCCAGCUAUCGUGCAGAUGACGGUGCAGCCAUCUAUGGGUCAGCAGUCGUAUCAACCACAGCCCAGCUAUGCUCAUCCGAUGAUGGGCCAGAUGGGUCCGAUGGGUGGCCAAUAUGGAGCCCCCUAUGGCAUGGGUAUGGGAGCCAUGGGCCCGGUAAUGGGAAUGCCAACUGCAGCUAGAGAUCCUCGUGGAAUAAUGAAUAAACAGCCAAGUGAGUUGAGCUUGGGCUCCGCUGAACCCAAUGCCAUCUCUAUCCCAAACUCACUGCCAACGGCCAAUAUCGACCCAUUACCAAAAGAUCAAUCUCUGGAAGAUGGUGUACUAGACCUUAUCAGUGGUGGUUCCCGUUCUACCACUCCUACGUCAUCCUUAUUGACAAGGAAAAGUCCAACUAUGGAUCAAGGUAUUCAGGUAGGACAUGAACAACAGCAGCAGGGCAAUAACAUUGGCAAAUUGAAUGACAAGACAAAUAUCAGGAUCGUCCAACCGCCUCGUCGAGACCAUGAUAGCCACGGAGGUACCAAAAACAACGCGGGUAUGUCUCACUACAAUGAUACGAAGAGGGACAUGAAACAAGAUGGCCAAAAUCAAGGUCAUAUGCAGGGUGGUCGAGGCAACCGUGGUGGUUGGGUAAACCGCGGCAACAUGAGAGGUCGAGGAGGCCGAGGAGGCCGAGGACGUGGUGGUUUCCGUACAAAUAACUUGGAUGGUAUCCGUACAAAUAACUUGGAUGGUAUCAAGCCUAAGAUGAAAUUUGAUAACGACUACGAUUUCGAACAAGCUAAUACUCAGUUCGAAGAAUUAAGGUCGCAAUUUGCGAAAACGAAGAUCGAUGGUACUGACAAUGAAAAGAAAGACGACAGUGGAAACGAGACAGGUGCUGGCGAAGGUGAACCCGAGGAGGAACCGGAAAUUGUUCACUACGAUAAGUCGAAAUCAUUCUUUGAUAAUAUUAGCUGUGAAGCUGUUGAAAGGAGUAAAGGGCGAUUCCAACGCACGGAUUGGAGAACGGAACGAAAACUGAAUUCAGAAACAUUCGGUGUAGCUUCUACAAGACGCGGUACAUUCCGCGGCCGUGGUUACUACGGUCGCGGAAUGGGAGGCAUGUUCAGAGGUAGUGGUGGCGGCAAUAACGUUGGAUUCCGCGGUGGCUAUCGAGGUAGCAGGGGCGGUAAUCGCAAACCCCCUAAUCAACUACAGAAUAACACGGGGAGUCAAAAUCGCGCGACCAACGAACAGUCUGCCUCUCAAUCGCAGGGAAAAGUUAUCUAAAUAAAAAAAAAGAAUCUAAUUUGUCACCGGUAUGGCGUGAAAAAGUAAAAUAUGCCGGGGAGAGAAUAAAGCGAUGUGCUGCUAUGUAUAAGUAUACACAACUAUAGAUUAAGAUUUUUACGAUAUGUGCUCUACGUUAUGGACUGAUUUGGGUUAGAAUUUGGCAGUCGAAUAACA